AUUCCAGCGCGGGCUCGACGCAGCAGCACAACAUUCCUCCAUUGGUCUGCGAUAAUUACCCUAUGUUUAAACUUUACUGCGUAGUAUGCGCCCGUAUGGAAUCCGUUAGUGCGUGCGAUGAUCUAACUGGCUGAGGAUCGAUAAUUUAUGUUUUUCCUUCCUAAUCCAUCCCGGCACGCUAACGCGCCCUGACGGCGGGGCUGCAAUACCAAGGAGCAGCCCGUUCCCCCGUGAUCCGGUAUAAAUCACCGCCGUCUCCUCAUUAGACACCGCUUAAACAACCAGUGCAAUGCGCGCGCGCGGCUAAUCCCCGGGCAAAACGCAGAUCCAACCGGCAUUUCACUGUGUUUUCAAUGAUCCUCCAAUGAAGCGGCCGGCAAGAGGCGGGUCCUGGCUGUAAUCUAACCAUUGACAGUGCGCCACCGUAUCCGGAAGCUGCACCCACUCACUGUACACGCAACCACCGGGAUUAUAUAUACACAGUGUGUGUGUAAAAGAGCGCUUGGCUUUGCACUGCGUUACUGUUGAGUUUGUGCGAUGGUGGAUGUGGUCGGCCGUAUCGUCUGGUAUCGUCUGCGUGAAACCGCCAGCAUCUGGUCACACCGUCUCGAUCAACUGUGGAUGGAUCCCGGCGGCGGUCAGGAUGCCGGGAUGGAUCCCUUGGGAUUAUUACUCCUGGGCUGGAUUGUCUUAGCCGGGAUUGUGUACUUUACCACGGAUCACCUGAAGGUGUGGUUAAUCCGUUAUUUCGGUGAGGAACCGGCACCGGCGGCCGUUCUCCCGCAGUACCGGCACCCGCCCACGGUGCUGCCGCUACCCACCCGCGAGAGCCCAUACCGCCGCACCCCCGACAGCAGUUCCCCGUCGGCCUCCUCCCUGGUGUCCACGCCCACCGAGAGUUUACAGGCCCGGGUGAAAUUAAUCAACUACAGUCAGGAGGGCUCGGACUGGGUGAAUAAUGUCCUGAAUUGGCUGUAUCACCGAUACAAUUCCACACCGGAGUUUGCCGAUAUCUGGUUGUCGGCGUUAAAUGAGUACGCCAAGCGUAAUGCACAGCAGUUGGGCAUUCUCGUCACAUUCGAUCGAUUCGCGCCCAGUAGCCGGGCGCCGCGGAUCAGCGAUGUCAGAGCGGAACUCUCGGCCGAUGAACAGUUGGGCAUCUUCUGCUCCGUGGAGACCGUCCAACUGGGAUUCCACGUCCUGGCCACCACGCACAGUCCGGAGCGGGGCGUGGUGACGGACGCGUACGACGUGGAUGUCGAUCAUCCGCAGGGCGAGGUCCGUUUCCUGAAUAUUAACGAUAUGCGCCAUGUACCACCCGGUCAACUACAUAACAGGCAGUGUUUCCAGCUUGCCAUGAAGAUCUUCCAGAGCGCCCAUAAGGAGAUUAUGCUGUCCAGUGAGUUCGAGCGCCAGACGACGCCCAGUAUAAAGGUCACACUUCGGCCGGAAGCGGCCAUGCCCGAGGACUUCGACCCGAUCCCGCUGCAGGACGUCAUCCGGCACUGCAUCCUCAACACCAAGACCACGAUGAAGUUGGCGCGCUUCCGCGAUUUCCCCUAUCCGUACUGGCAUGCGCUGGCCAAUCGGCCGGUAACGCCGUCAACACCGUCCACGCUCACCCCACAACAGACGCAUUUCCCGUUUGUCGCCGCUCCCGCCGCCGGCACCGACAGUGAGCCCAGCACAUCCCGGACCGGUUCCCCGUUCGGACCGGGCGACAAUCAAGUGGUGGUGAAAGUUAAUCGCGCCCAUGGAAUCGGCGGCGAUUCAGCCGGCAUCGAGCCUUACUGUGUCAUCGAGAUGGACGAACCGCCACAGAAGCACACCACCUCCAUUGUGAAGUCCCGCGGCGCUAAUCCCGUCUGGGAUGAGACGUUCUUAUUUGAUGUCUCACCGGAAUCCAAUGAGAUCCUGUUCGAGCUGUACGACCGUACCAAGACACAAAAGCGGAACUUCCUGGGCACGGCCAUCGUUAGUCUGCAUGAGCUGAGCAAGAAUCCCCAUCAGCGGCAAGUUAUCCCGCUGCAGUCGCGGCCGCUAAUGAACGACGUGGUGGCCGGGACGUUGACGGUCGAGUUUUCCGUGAUACCGGCCAGCGGCCGGAAAUCCCCAUCUACGAACGAUCUCGGGCAGCAGACCAGUCCCACCGCUACCCAUGUACGCAUGAAUAUGUCGCCCAAUCGGAACAGCCAUGUCUACCUACAUGAAACGGUGGAGACCCACGCGUCACCCGGUGAGCGGGAGCGUGCCCCGCCCGUCCAGCGCUCCGUCAGCGAGGACAUCUCCAUCCACCGGGUGACCACCAUCACCAACCACGGCCCGCUACCGUCGCCGGGACCGCUGAAGCGGAAAUCGGCUGCUGAUACCAGUGAUAGUGUCCGUCGCCGGCACAACGGAUCGGCGACCACUACCACCUUUGCUCACACCACUGCUCAACUCGUUGUCAAUAAGAGAUUUCUCGCGAUACCUAAGAGUGCUACGGAUGGAAUGUUAGGUGCUGAUUCAUCCCUUUACGCUUCCGACCUGGAUGCUAAAGGUCGAUCUCGCAGUGCGGACCGCAAGCAGUCCCUUCUCGGCCGCAUCAAACGCCGCUUCAGCUUCGGCAAGAAACGCUCCAAGAGCCUGGACCCGGCCACGGCCCAGGAAGAGAUGGCCGCGGCCGGCGUAACCUCUGCCAGCUCCCUCUCCGUCAACGGGCCCCACGUCGACCGCACCACCGACGCCAUGGACCGCGACCCGGACGUCCUGGCCGCGGAACGGCGCGCCGAAAAGCAGGAACGGAAACAGCGCAAGAAAGGCCACAUCCGCUCCGUCUCCGCACCGGGAUCACGUGACCCUUCCGUCAACCGGGCAGCAGCAGCGAGUGCGUACAUCGGCGAGUGUCCCACCCCGCCACUGGGUCUCAUGCACGAUGAUGAACGCUUACACAACAGUCUUGUCUUCCUUUUAUCUACCACAGGUAAUAAAGCCCAGCAGCGCUCCUGGAAAGAUAAACUGCGCUCGCGCUUCUCCCGGAAAAAGAGCCACGAGGCCACCAUCAUCCGCACGGAAGCGAUCAACCUCUAAUACAAUCUAACCGAGCGCAAAGCGAAUACUAAUGCGUAACAAUACUGAUUAACUGGACCAAGUGCAAAGAACACCGCCAAGAUUUGUUGGUGCAUGUGACGGCUGGAAUUUACACGCUCAAAUACAAACUGGAAAUGGACAAAUAUAUUGGUGCAUGGGCUAAACCUGUUUAUAACCUCCUUAGUGCACUCGCUGCUGUUCCCGCAUGUCUGAUCCUUUCACCACUGACCCUACGUUGUUUUCUAACGCGACUCAGCCGUCGCCGUCAAAUUCCACUUCCACCACCGUUUCCUUCCCAAGACAUCCUUCCUCCUCCGCACGAAGCGAAAGGCCAACCACCUUCUAGAUGUGCUGAUUGGUGGAGCUGACUCAUCGGUAUCCGAAUGGUGGGCCUCCGGUGAAAGAGAUCGGAAUGCAGGAUGCUCUUAACUCGGAUAUACAUACAAGCUCUGUUCUAAAUCUGGCGCUACAGAUCUGUGUUUUCGUUCCUUGAAAAAUCCGGCUUACUGGAUAAAAUAAACACCAUAUUGGUCUAAUUUUUCUUCUCGGAUUAUACUGCCAGUAAUUUGUCAAAUCUGUACUCUAACCACCGAAAAAAAUAAAGGU